AUGCUGGCGAAACUCGGUACACAGUUGGACGGAAUUCGUGGAGGUGAACUGACAAUCGCCAGUAAAGAAGAUGCAGAGUAUUUGAGAAGCCGAAGUGGCAUGGUAGACGCUGAAGAACUCACGCCUACUCCCGAAGAUACUGACUCACCAAGAGAUGAUAUCCCUAUACUGGGUCUGGGGGGGGGGGAUGGUGUUCUAAGCUCAUCGUAUACUACUGCUGGUUGGUUUGGCCAACGUCGUACUGGAGGUAAAUAUGCGCAAGUGGAUCACGCAUAA